UGACUGAAACAGCAUCAGGAGUGAAGCAGUGGUGCUUUUUACAUGGAAAAUGGUGGUUUUGGAACUAGAAAUGUGAGUAACAGAAGAGGAAUACUAAAAAGCAAUAAUUAUUAGGAGAAGAGGGUUUGAACUGGAACCAGAGUCAUUUAUCCUAGUGUAAAAGAAUGGAAGGAACUCAGAGACCGUGGCACUCCAGAGGAGGAAAUCUGCAGUGCCUUAUUAUCUUGGUGUUUGCUUGGAAGGCAGUUUAUGGGCAGCUACACUAUUCUAUUCCUGAAGAGAUGCCAAAAGGCUCUUUUGUGGGGAGUAUUACAAAGGACCUGGAAGUGGAGGGGAAGCAGGUUUUGAACCAUGGACUACGCAUUGUUGCUAGUAAAGGUAUGAUACAGUAUUUUGCUUUAAAUGUUAAUAGUGGGGAUUUACAAAUUUCUAAGAAAAUAGAUAGAGAGGAAAUAUGUGGAGAGGAAGAGAAAUGCAUGAUAAAGUUCCAGAUACUUAUUGAAAGUAAAUUAAAACUUUAUGGUGUUGAAGUGGAAAUCACAGAUAUAAAUGAUAAUGCUCCUCAGUUUCAAUCAAAAGAAUGGAAAAUGAAAAUGAGUGAGACAACUAUACUUACAGAACGAUUUCUUCUACCUAGAGCGCAAGAUCCAGACCUGGGCAUAAAUUCUGUCCAGCACUAUGAACUGAUAGGCAGUGAUCAUUUUUCUCUGAUGGUGCAAAGAGGAGAAAAUGGUGCCAGACAGCCAGAACUGGUGUUGGAGAAACCACUAGACAGGGAAGAGCAAUCAGUCUAUGAUCUAAUUCUAACAGCGACUGAUGGAGGUGAUCCGAUCAAGUCUGGCACAUUGCAAAUCCAUGUUAUUGUUCUUGACACAAAUGAUAAUGCACCACUUUUUAGCCAAUCUGUGUAUGAAGUGAGUAUCGCAGAGAAUAUUCCCAAAUGGUCGACUGUGGCGAAAAUAAGGGCCACUGAUCUGGAUGAAGGAAUCAAUGGAGAAGUAAAAUAUUCUUUCCAAGAAACUACAAAGAAGAUAUCCCAAAUGUUCCUGUUAAAUUCCACAACUGGAGAAAUAAUCCUUGUUGGGAGUUUUGACUUCGAGAAAUCAUCCUUGUAUGAAUUUGAAGUGCAAGCCAUGGAUGGAGGAGGCUUGAGUGACAGAUCUAAAGUUUUGGUCUUUGUUACAGACAUAAAUGACAAUGAACCAGAAUUGACAAUGACCUUUGCAAUUAGUUCUAUUGCUGAGAAUACACCAAUAGGAACUACAGUUGCCAUUUUAAACAUAGAAGACAGAGAUUCAGGACACAAUGGGCAGGUUAAAUGUUCCAUUCCUAGCAACCUUCCAUUUCAGCUCAAGAAAACACAUGAUGAGUUUUACACUUUAGUGACAGAGGGAAGCCUUGACAGGGAAGAAGUGGCAGUGUACAAUAUUACUGUUACAGCAACUGACGAAGGGACGCCAGCACUCUCUACCUCUGAGAUUAUUUCAUUGCAGGUGUUGGACACAAAUGACAACCCUCCAAUAUUUGUCAAAUCAGAUUAUACCUCUUAUCUCCUAGAAAAUAAUCCAAGAGGAGCUUCCAUCGUUUCCCUAAAAGCAAAUGAUCCUGACUGGGAAGAGAAUGCCAGAAUAUGCUAUUCCAUCAUUGAAGGUCAAAUAAAUGAUUCUCCACUCUCCUCUUACCUAUCCAUUAACUCUGAGAGUGGGAUUGUCUAUGCCUUGAACUCCUUUGAUUAUGAAGAAAUCCAGGAGAUUCGAUUCCAGGUCAAGGCCCAGGAUGGGGGCUCCCCAUCACUCAGCUCUAGUGCUUCAGUGAUUCUCUUCAUCCUGGAUCAGAAUGACAAUGCUCCAGAAAUCCUCUACCCUUCCCCUCCCACCGGUGGCUCCACUGGGAUAGAGCUGGCCCCUCGCUCCUCUGAGCCGGGAUACCUGGUCACUAAGGUGGUGGCAGUGGAUGCAGAUUCCGGCCAGAAUGCCUGGCUCUCCUACCAACUGACCAAGGCCACAGAGCCAGGGCUCUUCACUCUGGGACUCCACACUGGAGAGAUCAGGACAGUCCGGUUCCUUCUGGAGAAAGAUGCUCUCAAACAAAGCCUGGUAGUCAUAGUGAAGGACAAUGGGCAGCCCCCUUUGUCUGCCUCUGUGACAGUUACCGUGGUGCUGGCUGACAACAUCCCUGACAUUCUCCCAGAUCUCUCCCAGAUCUCAAGCAUCUCAGCGCCUGUGAUGACUCCUUCAGAUCCACCUUUUAUCUGUAUUUCAGUGGCUUUUGUGUCCUGCUUGUUUUUGAUGUUUUCUCUUGUGUUAUUGCCAUUGGUACACAGAUGGGAAAUUCUCAGUUUCCAAAGUGGAAGUGUGAAUUUCAGUGGUGUUCCCGUUUCACAGUUUGUGGGAUUGUGGAGUUCGGGCCUUCUUCAGUCUUAUUGCCAUGAGGUUUCUCUGACCUGCUCUAGGAAGAGCCAGUAUACAGCCAAGGGGAAUUCUUCCAACACUUUGACUAAUCAGCAGAUUCUUAAGUUACGAACCUAUCUCUCUAGUGAAGACUUAGAUUUGAACAAUGGAUUAAUCAUCAUCCAGGUGGAAAUUGAAUGGGGAGUAACAGAUAUAGAUAUGGUUGAAAAGUACACAGAAGGUUUCAACCGUAUUGGAAAUCUAGAUAAAAGAUGCCAAAUAGAAUGGUUUUUCACUAUGGACUGCUUCAGGAAGAAAGCAGGUCUGUAUAUUUUCCUUUUGUUGUUUGUGACUGAGGUUUUGUGUGUUUCCAUUCAUUAUUCUGUGCCCGAAGAGAAGAGAAGUGGGUCCUUGGUGGCAAAUGUGCUGAAGGAUCUGAAACUGGGAAUAGGGGAGCUCUCUGCUCGCAGAGCCCAGCUUGUUUCCAAAAGCUCUAAGGAAUUUUUCCACCUUGAUGCCCACUCUGGGAAUCUCCUCAUAAAUGAGAAAAUAGACAGAGAGGUUUUGUGUGGACAGACUGAGCCUUGCUUACUUCUCUCUCAAAUUGUGCUUCAAGACCCUCUCAAAAUCUAUAGUAUUGAAAUGAAGGUAGAGGAUGUAAAUGACAAUGCUCCCAAAUUUUCUACAAAUGAUUUUCAUCUGGAAAUUCCUGAGAAUGUUCCCAUCAACACAAGAUGCCCUUUGGAAUCUGCCCAAGAUGAAGACCUUGGAGAAAACAGCAUCCAGAACUACACCCUGAGUCCCAAUGAGUAUUUUGAUUUGGGUAUAGAAAGCAAGAAUGAUGUACAUCUCAUUCUAAUGAAAGCCCUAGACAGGGAGAAGGAGCCUCAGUUUGGGCUGACACUGAUAGCUGUGGAUGGAGGUGUACCACAGAGAACAGGAACAGUUCAUAUAAAUAUCACUGUCUUAGACAUCAAUGAUAAUUCCCCUCAGUUUGCUCAAUCUGGAUACAAAGUUAAGUUAAAGGAAAAUUGUCCUCAGAAUACUCUGGUCUCCAAAGUGGAAGCCAAAGAUUUGGAUUUUGGAUCAAAUGCAGACAUCACCUACUCCUUUCACCGAAUGCCUGAAAAAAUACACACACUAUUUCAUUUGAAUGAAAAGAAUGGGGAAAUCACAGUUCUGGGAGAAAUUGAUUAUGAAAAAGAAACCAAUUAUGACAUAAAAAUCAAAGCAAUUGAUGGAGGGGGUCUCUCUGGGUACUGCAGUAUUCUGGUAGAGAUUGAGGAUGUGAAUGAUAAUGCUCCAAAAGUCUCAGUCAUCUCCACCAACAGCCCCUUGCCAGAGGAUUCUCACUUGGAGACACUUGUUGCCCUUUUCAGCGUCACAGACGAAGACUCUGGAGACAAUGGUAAAACUGUCUGCUCUGUCGCUAUGGACCUGCCUUUUAUAUUAAAACCGACUGUGAACAAUCUUUACCAGCUUGUGAUACAAAGUCCCCUCGAUAGAGAGCAGAUUUCUGAAUAUAAUGUCACUAUUAUAGCCACGGACCUGGGCUCCCCUAGAUUGACUUCAGCAAGAAUGAUUAAGGUGCAGAUCUCAGAUGUCAAUGAUAACACACCUGUAUUUGAAAAGUCUUUAUUUGAGAUGCAGGUUCAAGAAAAUAAUAUUCCAGGAUUGCUAAUUGGCUCAGUCCGUGCUCUUGAUAUGGAUGUGGAGCAGAAUGCCAAACUGACCUAUUCCCUUUUGCCUGGGAAAGUUGAUGUUGGUCCUGUAGCCUCUUACAUCUCCAUCAACUCUGAAACUGGGAACAUCUAUGCCCUCAGAUCUCUGGACUAUGAGCAGAUAAAAGAUUUCAAAGUCACAGUGAGGGUAACAGAUCAUGGUACUGUUCCCUUGAGCUCAGAUGCAAUUAUUCAUGUCCUUGUCAUAGAUGAAAAUGACAAUGCUCCCUUCUUCCUCUAUCCCCUUCAGAACAGCACAUUACCCUGCAAUGAGCUGCUCCCCAAGAUGGCUGAGGCUGGGUAUUUGGUCACCAAAGUGGUGGCUGUGGAUCGAGAUUCUGGUCAGAACUCUUGGCUUUCUUAUGAACUGCUGAAGGCCACAGACCCAGGCCUUUUCAGCAUAGGAGCCCAGAAUGGAGAAGUGAAAACAAGGAGGCCACUAACUGAGCGAGACACGAGCAAACAGAAGCUUAUUAUUGUGGUCAGAGACAAUGGUGUCCCUUCUCAGACCAGCACUGCAACACUCAAUAUACUUCCAGUGGAUGGCUUUUCUGAUCCUUAUCUGAAAGUGGUGGAUGUCCGUCCACAGGAGCAUGAAGAUGAGGGAACCUUGACCAUGUAUUUGGUGGUUUGCCUGGCGUCCGUCUCUUCUGUGUUUCUGCUUUGCAUUAUUUCCUUUGUUGUUAUCAAAACAUGCAAACGAGAUCCCAGAGGCACUUUUAUUGCUGCCCCUCCUCACUUUUCCAGACCUAAUAUUCCAGAAAACUGUACCGAUUCUCAGAGUGGUUCACUUUCCAGGAAUUAUCAAUAUGAUGUUUGCUUAACUGGUGGAUCUUUAAGCAGUGAGUUCAGAUUUCUUCGACCUCUCGUUCCUGUUUUUUCUGUGGCGGAUCCAAACAUACUUGUGAACCAUAACACUUCUACGGGUUCUCAAGACCAACCUGAACAUUUGGAAGACAGUAAAUCAAGAGAACAGCAGUGCAUAAAUGAGUAUAAUGUGUAUGAGAUGAACAUCAGAGCCACAGAUGGAGGAACACGCUUUACUGUCUGCAAAGUCAUUUUGGAGCUUGUGGAUGAUAAUAACAGUGCCCCAGAGGUGACCAAAACAUCCAUCACUAGUCUCUUCCCAGAACAGUCUUCCUCAGACACUUUGGUGGUCCUCUUCUGUGUUACAGAUAGGGACUCUUCAGACAAUUAA